AUGAGACAGGUACAAUCGCGUCAUCUGCCGCUCAAAGCUCCGUUGCUACACGAUCCUACCAUCUUCGGUGGACGGCCGAUCCCGUACAACGACCGUCAAUCAUUAGUCAACCAUGGUCCUAAACCAGCCCUUCUGGGAGCCGGCGGAGGAAACGGAUUUGCACCGAAUUUUUCACCGCCCGAGUAUCAUCCGUCGGAAAACUGGAAACCAACACCGACCGGAACACACGUCGGACUGAUGAAGGACGCACCGCUGACCCGAAACGGACCAGCCAAUUUCCUUCAACCGGCACAGAAACAGGGCGCAGUGAUGAUGGUCUACGGACUCGAUAACAACACAGACAACACCGAUAAACUGUUCAAUCUGUUCUGCCUGUACGGAAAUGUUAACUUCCUGUCAGAGUUCACCAACCCCUACACCCUGCCGGACAAUUCGAUCAGCUUCAAGGACUACAGCGCCUCCAAGAACAAUCGCUUGUUUUCGUAG